AUUGGAACUUUAUUCUGAGCAUGCGUAGUGAACAGUUGCAAAACAUCAGAAAUUCGAUGAUUUUUUGUAUAAUUAUUUUCUUAAGCUCAGCUACUCUAACUUGAAUUUUUUUAUGUUUAAUAUUUCAAACUUUUUGUAAAACGUAGCGAUUUGCUUUAGAGUUGGCAGAUACAUCUUUAUAUUAUAAAUUUUGUUGUUGAAAUUAUGUUUUUUAACGAAAACUUUUAAAUCAAAAGAAAUCUUUUAAACAUGGACCAUGCAACCAAAUUAAAUCUAAUUUGUUGAAUAUGCAGAGAAGAUAUAAUAAAAGAUCCAGUUGAUAUAAAUAAAUAUUCCGAAAGAAUCGAAAAUUCCUAUUAUAUAAACACCAGCAUUGAUAAUAAGAAAAUUCACCCACAAAAGAUGUGUAAUAGAUGCUAUACCAAUUUAAGGAACAUUGAAAAAGGUUCAAGUUCUAGUAUUAAACCAGUUGAUUGGCCUUUACCAUGUGCAGGCAAUUGUUCUUGUUUCCCCAAAGUUGUUGGAAGAAAAGUUAAAAAAUGUAAACCUGGUCGACCAUGUGUCAUGGAACAAAAUCAGAAGAGAUGGACUAGGCCAAUUAUAAAUAACUUAAUUAGUACUAUACCAAAACCAACAUUGCGUUUAAAUGUAAUUGAUAUUGAUCCUGUAUCAAAUCCCCACUUAAACUUGUGCAUAUGCAAGUUAUGCAACAAUAUUAUGUAUAAGCCACUAAUAUUAAAAGAGUGUCAACACUCAUUUUGCUCAGUGUGUUUAUUCAAAGAGAUUGAAGGAAAGUUGGAAACAGAAGCUAAAUGCUUUAUUUGUGGACAAACUAUUUCUUUAAACUCAGUUUUGAAUUCUGUUAAUUUAACACAAAUGAUAGAGCACAUUCUUUUAGGUUGCAAUAAGAAAUGCAAAUUAAAUUAUGCAGUUAAAGACAAUGAGCUUAAAAAACUACAUGAAGAAAAUUGUAUGGGUGAAAAAUUAUUGCAGACUUUUUGCAAAAAAACUCCAAGUGGACUUGAUACAACUCUUUCUGAUAUAUUUUUAUUAAAAGGAAAUGAUGUUAUUCCACGGAUUGUAGAAGAUGCUGCAUUGCAUGUUAUAAAGCAAAAGCAAAUUAACUCUGAAUCAAACUUUUUUUCUUUUCCUUCUGGAGGACCAAGGCCUUUGCAAUUUACUUCCAACUCAAUGGCAUAUAAAGACAGCUCAGAUGUUAGUAAGAGGAAAAUUAGGAAAAGACAUUUAGCUGUUAUAAACUCUUUAAAUGUGGUUCCUGGUUUGGCCAGCACCUCACAACUUCAACAAACCUCUGCUAUUUUAAAUUCAUUUGGAGAAAAAGAUCAAAUUAAAAUAUUGAAAAUGUCGAACAUUCCUUCAUCAGUAAUAAGUGCAGAAGAAAUGGUAAGUAUGAAAGCUCAUAUGGGAAUCACCUAUUCAAACAUGAAGAUAAUUGCAAGAUGGCUCAAAACAAAUAAUAUUAAAUGUGCAUCAAACAAAAAGCAACGCAAAGUAGCUAAAUCUUGGUCUGGAGAAGAUUGGGUAGUUUGUAAUGCGCCAUUUAACUUUCCUUUAAAGGAUUCUAUUGAUUCAUUUGAAAUAAAAAAUGCUCCUUGGGGAUACAUUAAAGAUUUUCCAUCUCAUAUAAUAAACAAACUGAACCUGCUAAAAAACAAAAAUUUGCUACAGCAUUCCAAUAUAAAAAAUGAUGAAAUUCACAUUAAAAUUGGUGGUGAUUAUGGUGGUGGAUCCUUUAAGAUGUGUUAUCAAAUCGUGAAUGUUGAUAAGCCGAAUGGCAAGAGAAACACAAGUGUUUUUAGUAUUUUUGAAGCGAAAGAGUACAAACCCAACCUUGUUGUGGGUCUCUCAAGGUUUACACCACAAAUUAAUCAAUUGCAGUCACUGUGUUGGAAUGAGAAAAAAAUAAGAGUAUUUAUCUUUGGCGAUUACGAAUUUUUAUGUUCAGCAUAUGGAAUCACUGGUGCAAAUGGUCAACAUGCUUGCUUGUUUUGUCAUAUAACUCGUGAAAAGAUGAAAAUGAAUCCUUCUCAACAAAAGCACAGUUGCUCCAAGCGUACUCUGGAAACACUUCAUGCAGAUUUCCAAAAUUUUAUUCAAAAAGGUCGAAUACCAAAAUUAGCAAAGACUUGUAACAAUGUCAUUGAUUUGCCACUUUUCAAUAUUCCAUUAACACAAGUAAGCAUUCCAUCAUUACAUAUCUCAUUGGGAAUUUAUCUUAAAUUUUUUAAUAUGCUUGAAGAUGGCUGUCAUCUUUUAGAUGUAAAAAUUGCAGCAAAAAUGUGUAUGACAAAUCAAACUGUAAACAACAGAAAUUUUGAUGAGUAUAUUGCACUUCAAUUAAAAAUAUAUGAAGGAGAAAAAGUUAUUAAUGAAUAUUGUGAAAAAAUAACUCUAAUUCAUGAAGCAAUGGCAAUACAUGUUCUACCUUCUCCUGAAAAUAAAGAAAUUAUUUGUGAAAUAUUUCAGCCCAGAGUAGCCCAUUAUAUGGAGAAGAAAAAUGCUAAGCUGAUUGAAUUAGAAGAGUUAAGAUCUAAAACAUUUGAAAAAUCACAUGGACCACUUGUGAAAAAACUUGAUGAAGUUCUAUGCGGUCUUCAUGUUCAAAUACAAGCUUAUCAUGGAAAAUGUUUUAUUGGGAAUCAUGUUCAUAAAAUGUUGAAGCUAAACAGUAUUCUAGAUCUUUGUAAUUCAAUACCUAAAAUAGUAAGUGAUCUUGGAUUUAUUGGUACAGAUGUUCAUAACGAGGCGAAGGUCUUGAGUAAGAAAUUUGUUGCUUUGUUCUCCAAAUACUCGACAUGCUACAACUUUAUGAAUUCAAGUGAAAUAAUUAACAAGAAUCCAAUAUCAGAAUUAGAAAGAGCCAUUGAUAAAUUAAUGAGUUACUUUCGUAAAACAUGGCCCAAUGAGUCCAUUACUCCAAAAAUGCAUUUGUUAGAAAGUCAUUGUGUUGAUUUUAUUAGAAAUUGGAAUUCGGGUCUUGAUAUUUAUGGAGAGCAAGGUUUAGAAAGCAUGCAUGCCGAAUUCAACAGUAUGAACAGCACAUUUUGUCAUAUGAAAGGAAAGCAAAGACUGAGAAGUAUUUUGUCCAAUCACUAUAUCAAAAACUCUCCAGAAGCUUUAAUAAUUAGACCAACUAUUAAAAAAAGAAAGCCUUAUAAAAGAAAAGCUUGAAACGUGAAACUUUAUAGAUGAAUUUUAAAAUCAAAAAAUGUAUAUUAUAUAACGAUUUAAUUUUUAAGUGUG